AUGGCAUCGACCGUCAUGUCCCGAACGACGCUUACGGAACGAGCACAGAAGCGAAAGAAAGAGCAACGAACCGACAUCUGGUCGAAUCUCCUGCGACAGACUCGCGAAGCUCAAUCCCGCAACAAAACCCAAGCCGUUCAACAUCGGCAGUUGCUGAUAUGCGGCGCAUCUCCAGAUGACCAGCGGCAAUUUGUGUCGACUCUCGCCCGACCGCCUCCCGCACAGCCGCCAAGCAGAAACCAGGAACGAAAGCAGCAGAGGACGAAGGGAGAGCUGCGCCUGAGUAACCAGUAUGCCUACGGCUACGGCCACGUCACCCUCUACUCGCCGCCGCAGCAGAGUGGCACUGGGGUGCAAGUGCUGGGUGCCGAGGCCGAGGAAGUCGCGAGUCUGCAGAUACAUACGCUGCCAGAGGCCAUGGAAGAGUAUGUGGGCACGCUGCGAAGCUUGCUCAAGAAAGAGCAGAAGCCGAAAGAGGAGGGUGAGCGUGGUGACGUAGAGCUCGAUGGCGAGAGUGACCCGCUGGAGGAACGAAAACCUGGUGUCUGUAUUCUGCUGAGUUGGAAGCAACCGUGGCAAUUCCUACAACAGCUUAAGCGAUGGCUACAGCUACUUGCUCAGGCUCUGCUCCAGCCUGGUGUACCUGCGACUGAUGCCCUCGACGUGUUGAAGGAAGCUCAGCUCGCAAUCACCGUCGUUGUCCAGCACACAGAGGCACAGGAAGAUUUGUUCCGAGAAGGCUACAAAGAGGAGGACUUCGACUACAUCUCACAAUGUCUACGCACGGCCAUUCUGCCUCUGCACCCAUUCAGUGCACUGAUCUAUACCACUUCGACUGCGCCACCACAGCAAGCUGGAGGGCCGCUGAGUGAACAGCAGAAGGUCAUAUUCCACUCGCUUGGUUUAGACCUGACCACACUAAGUCCAAGGAGGGCAAGGUCCAGCUCAGGAGCAGAAAAGCGUGAAGAAUUGACGCCAAAGCACGAAUUCAUGGAUCGAAUGGCAAUUGUCAUCCCGGCAGGCUGGGACAGCCCAGCUUUCAUCAGAACCCUGAGCGAGACCUUCUCCCCAGAAGACAUUAUGAACGGUUGGCUCGCAGAUCUUGAGCCGCCCCCACCACCUAAGCCUGCUCCUGAACCAAUGUCCGUCGAGACAGCCGUUGAGGUCAAGCAAGCAAAUGGAGGCGCUGAAGUUUACGAGAGCUCUCCAGUGGACGAGAAUGAGGACUUUCCAGAAGCCACUCUAUCACCGUCGAAACUGUCACCGUCCGCUGUGCGCACGUAUGAGCAACGAGUGCUAGAUCCUCAGGCGCACAAAGCUCCAAAACCACCUCAGAUAGAGGUCACAACAAAACCUGAUCAAGUGUUCUUGGCGGAAAUGCGUCAGCAUCUACAACAGCUAGAAGCUCAAGAUCGCGAAAAAGAAUCGAAGGGCCACCAUACGAGUGUCUCGAAUACCAGCCUUUCCGGAACUGGGGGCCGUGUUGUUGGUCUGCCAGCUGGGGAGUCGACCGGAGCACUUGGCGAACUAGGUGAAGUAUCGUUCAACGUGGGAGGUGUCAGUUACGACACAAUGACCGCGCAAGCAGCAAUCGAUCGUCUCAAGCGGCCAAACCAGUCGUCGGACUCCCCAAUGUCGCCAACACCCCGGACAUCAACGCCAAAACCUCCUGGCCGAUCCCAUCGCGAUGCCAGUCACGCGGGAGAUGACAAAAAGACAUCCAGUGGCACUCCUGGCGUAACAUCACCUAAGGUAUCGGACAACAAGGAACCUCUUGACACUGCGAAGUUGGAAGAGUAUUUUCAGUCUUUGAUGAAGAAAGGCGGCGGCGCAUCAAGUCGAGAUGUAACGCCAACAAAAUCUUCAAAAGGCCAAUCAUCAAAUCAGUGA